GCGGGCUCCCGCAGACCCCGCCCCCUGGGCAGGCGCGGCGGUCAUUGGAUGGCGCUCGGCUCGCAGUCGCCGCGGUUGCUGGGAGAGGGAGGUGGGGGCGGGGCCCGCGGUGGUCCAAGGGGCCCGAGAGAAAGGCUGCUAGGCGCGGGCGGGCGCGCUGGGCAGAAUCGAGCGUCUCGGUGGCGGUUUGCCUGUUGGCCCGCGCGGCGGCGUCGCGGUGCGGGAACCGGUCUCCGUUGACAGCUCCGCGUCUUCCGGCCGCGCCACUCGGGAGGUGGCUUCCUCCUUGUGCUCCCUCCGCGAGUCCGCUCGGCCUCGGAGAAGCGGGAGGCGGCGGCAGCGGCAGCAGCAGCGGCAGCGGAGGUCGUCGGGGGCGGCGGGCGUUGAGCGCGCUCCCGCUUCCCCGGCGGCGGCCGCAGGACAAUGGAGGUGGCUGUGGAGAAGGCGGCGGCGGCAGCGGCUCCGGCCGGGGGCCCCGCAGCGGCGGCGCCGAGCGGGGAGAAUGAGGCCGAGAGCCGGCAGGGCCCGGACUCGGAGAGCGGCGGCGAGGCGUCCCGGCUCAACCUGUUGGACACUUGCGCCGUGUGCCACCAGAACAUCCAGAGCCGGGUGCCCAAGCUGCUGCCCUGCCUGCACUCGUUCUGCCAGCGCUGUUUGCCCGCGCCGCAGCGCUAUCUCAUGCUGACGGCGCCCGCGCUGGGCUCGGCAGAGACCCCUCCACCCGCUCCCGUCCCCGCCCCCGCCCCGGGCUCCCCGGCCGGUGGUCCUUCGCCAUUCGCCACCCAAGUUGGAGUCAUUCGAUGCCCAGUUUGCAGUCAAGAGUGUGCUGAGAGACACAUCAUAGACAACUUUUUUGUGAAGGACACUACUGAAGUUCCCAGUAGUACAGUAGAAAAGUCUAACCAGGUAUGUACAAGCUGUGAAGACAAUGCAGAAGCUAAUGGGUUUUGUGUAGAGUGUGUUGAAUGGCUCUGCAAGACAUGUAUUAGAGCUCACCAGAGGGUGAAGUUCACAAAAGACCACACAGUCAGGCAGAAAGAAGAAGUAUCUCCAGAGGCAGUUGGUGUGACCAGUCAGCGACCAGUGUUUUGUCCGUUCCAUAAAAAGGAGCAGUUGAAACUUUACUGUGAAACAUGUGAUAAACUGACCUGUCGAGACUGCCAGCUGCUAGAGCACAAAGAGCACAGAUAUCAAUUUAUAGAAGAAGCUUUUCAGAAUCAAAAAGUGAUCAUAGAUACUCUAAUCACCAAACUGAUGGAAAAAACAAAAUAUAUAAAGUAUACAGGAAAUCAGAUCCAAAAUAGGAUAAUUGAAGUAAAUCAAAACCAAAAGCAGGUGGAGCAGGAUAUUAAAGUGGCCAUCUUCACGUUGAUGGUGGAGAUAAACAAAAAGGGGAAAGCUCUGCUGCACCAGCUUGAGAGUCUUGCAAAGGACCAUCGAAUGAAACUUAUGCAACAACAGCAGGAAGUGGCUGGGCUUUCUAAGCAGUUAGAGCACGUCAUGCAUUUUUCUAAAUGGGCCGUUUCCAGUGGCAGCAGCACAGCCUUGCUGUACAGCAAGCGGCUGAUUACGUACAGGUUACGGCACCUUCUUCGUGCAAGGUGUGAUGCUUCUCCUGUCACCAACAACACCAUCCAGUUUCACUGUGAUCCUAGUUUCUGGGCUCAAAAUAUUAUCAACUUGGGUUCUUUAGUAAUCGAGGAUAAAGAGAGCCAGCCACAAAUGCCUAAGCAGAAUCCUGUCGUGGAACAGAGUUCACAGCCACCAGGUGGUUUACCUUCCAACCAGUUAUCCAAGUUCCCAACACAGAUCAGCCUAGCUCAGUUACGACUCCAGCAUAUGCAGCAACAGCAUCCGCCACCACGCUUAAUAAACUUUCAGAAUCACAGCCCUAAGCCCAAUGGACCAGUUCUUCCUCCUUAUCCCCAGCAGCUGAGAUAUCCACCAAGCCAGAAUGUACCUCGGCAGACAAUAAAGCCCAACCCCUUGCAAAUGGCUUUUUUGGCUCAACAAGCCAUUAAACAGUGGCAGAUCAGCAGUGGACAGGCUACGCCCACAACUGCCAGCAGCUCCCCCUCCACUCCGUCCAGCCCCACAAUCACAAGUGCAGCUGGGUACGAUGGAAAGGCUUUUAGUUCACCCAUGAUUGAUCUGAGUGCACCGGUGGGAGGGUCUUACAAUCUUCCUUCUCUUCCAGAUAUUGAUUGUUCAAGUACUAUCAUGUUGGACAACAUUGCAAGGAAAGACACAAGUGUCGAUCACACCCAGCCGAGGCCUCCAUCAAACAGAACGGUGCAGUCACCAAAUUCAUCAGUGCCAUCUCCAGGCCUUGCAGGGCCUGUUACUAUGACUAGCGUCCAUCCCCCAAUACGUUCACCUAGUGCCUCCAGUGUUGGAAGUCGAGGAAGCUCUGGCUCUUCCAGCAAACCAGCAGGAGCUGAUUCUACUCACAAGGUCCCAGUAGUCAUGCUGGAGCCAAUUCGAAUAAAACAGGAAAACAGUGGACCACCUGAAAAUUAUGAUUUUCCUGUUGUUAUAGUAAAACAAGAAUCAGAUGAAGAAUCUAGACCUCAAAAUACUAACUAUCCAAGAAGCAUACUUACCUCCCUCCUCUUAAACAGCAGUCAGAGCUCUGCUUCUGAGGAAACCGUGUUACGAUCUGAUGCUCCUGAUAGUACAGGAGAUCAACCUGGACUCCAUCAAGAAAAUUCCUCAAAUGGAAAGUCUGAGUGGCUGGAUGCCUCCCAGAAGUCCCCUGUGCAUGUCGGAGAGACGAGGAAGGAGGAUGACCCCAAUGAAGACUGGUGUGCUGUUUGUCAAAAUGGUGGGGAACUCCUAUGCUGUGAGAAAUGUCCUAAAGUAUUCCAUCUUACUUGUCAUGUGCCCACAUUGACAAAUUUUCCAAGUGGAGAAUGGAUUUGUACUUUCUGCCGAGACUUAUCUAAGCCAGAAGUUGAAUAUGAUUGUGAUGCCCCCAGUCACCGCUCAGAGAAAAGGAAAAGCGAAGGCCUUACUAAGUUAACACCGAUUGACAAAAGGAAAUGUGAACGCCUGCUUCUGUUUCUUUACUGCCAUGAAAUGAGCCUGGCUUUCCAAGACCCUGUUCCUCUAACUGUGCCUGAUUAUUAUAAAAUAAUUAAAAACCCAAUGGACUUGUCAACCAUCAAGAAAAGACUUCAGGAGGAUUAUUGCAUGUAUACAAAGCCUGAAGACUUUGUAGCUGAUUUUAGAUUGAUCUUUCAAAACUGUGCUGAAUUCAAUGAGCCUGAUUCUGAAGUAGCCAAUGCUGGUAUAAAACUUGAAAGCUAUUUUGAAGAACUUCUAAAGAAUCUUUAUCCAGAAAAAAGGUUUCCUAAGCUAGAAUUCAGGCAUGAAGCAGAAGACUGUAAGUUCAGUGACGACUCAGACGAUGACUUUGUACAGCCCCGGAAGAAGCGUCUCAAGAGCACAGAGGACCGCCAGCUGCUUAAGUAAUGCCGCACUGGGCCAGCGCACUGUGCUAAAGAUUUCCCUUCAGAAAUAGACAGCAAAAGCCUUGUUGGUGAUCUAAGAUCCCGACAGAGCAGGGUUUAUGAGCUCUCUGGUCUGUUUUUUGCUGUUUACUGGACUUUGGUUUCUUUAAUAACCCAUUUCUUUAACCUCUUGUCAAUGAUAAUAAAAAGAAGAGGAGGGAAGGAAAUGUGUACAAGAAUAAAAGAAGGAAGAGAAGGUAGAAAAACAAGAAAGAGCAAAGAAAGAAAAGACAUUCUUCCCCUUGUUGGAUUUCAUACAGGAGCCUGGAGUGAGUGCUACACUAGAAAGAAAUAGUUUAAGAUUUUAGUGUGAUCUGGAUGUGUGAUAAUCCAUUUUUAGAAUAUUAAUUUCAUUACCCAUUAAUUAUGGCCAACUGUAAGGAGAUAGUUCUGUUACUAUUCUUAAAUGAAGUCCUCCCCAAACGUGAAUGGAAGCAGAGUUCUUUGCCAGGCUGCCUGCUGGAAAAGGUGUGGACAGAUGCUACUAAGACACCAAAUAAUAUCCAUGUAAGAUGGCAAAUGCAUUAAAAAAAAUCAGGAAAAACAAAUGUUUGGUUAUUGUUUUGUUUUAUCUUGUCUGUUAGAGAUGCUGGGCAUAGCAGUUCUAAAGGGCCAUUCUCUCGUGUAUUGCUAGAUCAGCCUUUUCUUCAGCUUUCUUGAGGGAAGGAAGUAUGUGUGUUAAGUGUUGCUGUUUGAUCCGCCCCUCCACUCUACCCCUUACUGUGCAGAGCUGCAAGUUGCUAGUGGCUUUUCUUUCUUUUGGGGGGAGAAGGGCGAAGUGGUUGGGUUUUUUGAGACAUUAUUUCUACAGUAUUUCUGUAGUCCUGGCUGUCCUGGAAUUCACUCUGUAGACCAGGUUGGCCUCAAACUUAGAGACCUACCUGCCUCUGCCUCCCAAGUGCUGGGAUUAAAAGUGUGAGCCAAAGGCUCACAGUCACACUCAGUAGAAGCAUCAAGUAUACAAUAGGGUGCACCAAUAUUUGAUAGAUGUCUAUAGCUUGUGCCCGGGGCUGCCCUGUUCAAGCUCCCUGAAUGGGCUUUCAUCUGUCCUUCUCAUGUCAAAGAAGCAGGUGUUGUGGGGUUGGGAAGAGAUCGUUUGGAGGGAGGGAAGGAAUUCUAGGAACUAUUCUUUGUUGGCUUUCUGUUUCCUUGAUUUGUUUUUUAACAGAACUUCAUAUUUCAUCUUUGAUCUACCUUAAUUCAGAAUUUAAUUUUGGGGGGGAGAAAAAAGAUUUAUUCCUUUUGCUUGUUUGGUGGGGUUUUUUUUGGCGGGGGUGGGGGGGCUCAAAUAAACAAAGCACCAAAUGAGAUUAAAGUAAAAUAAAAUCAUUGAGUACUGUUGUACUAGCCCAAUAUUUGACAAAAUGCAAGAACAGUUUUAGUUUGCCAUAGUAAAUUUUUAGUAUUAAAGCAUUUUAAUUGUUUGACUAGAGAAAUUUUUUUCCUUAGGUUGACAGAAUAAAACACAGCUGACCUGAGGAUUUAUUUGAUCACAUGACCUCCCCUGAAUUAAAGUGUAGCUGGACAUGGUAGCUGUGGUGGCAGGCACACACUCACAAUGCCAGCACUUAGAAGGUGGAGGCAGGAGAAUGGGAAGUUGAAGGUCAUCAUCCGCUGUGUUAGCCGCUGGGGGGGGUUGGGGGGGGUUGGGGGGGGAGCAGGGAGCUGGUGACUUCUGUGUAGCAUUAUUCCUGAGCUUGCUGGCUGGAGACUAUUGUGUACAUGCCUUAAUAGCAAUAGUUUCCCAUUCUCUAAACAACCUAUAUAAUACUCGUUACACGUAACCACUCUAACAGUCUUCACCCAUUUUCUAAAUGUAUGUUGUGUGCUGAUGUCUGUUGUGUUGAUUUGAACAUGCAGCUGGCAUUUGUUCUGGAAACAGCCUGAACAAAGUUGGACAGUGCACAGACCCUUGGGGAAGUGGGGUUUUAUGUUCAGCUGGCCUUCAGCUCUGGCCCUUCUACCUCAACCUCCCUGGUUCAGGGACUAAAGUCGUGUGCGACCAUGCCCUCAGCUUUGGGCUUGGUUGAUUUGCUUGCUUGCUUGCUUGCUUGCUCGCUUUAUUAUUUGUGGGAAGUGGUUAAACUUGUGGUUUAAGUUCAGCAUUUUAAGUGUAGCAGCUGUGAACCAUUAUUUUAAAGAUUUAUUUUUUUUAUUUCAUAUGUAUGUAUGUUUGUCUGUGCAUCAUGUGUGUGCCUGGUGCCCACCCACCUAGGCUAGAAGAGGGCAUUGGAUACCCCGAAAGUGACGUUAGAGAGGGUGGUCAGCCACCAUAUGGGUGCUGGGAACCAAACCUGAGUCCUCUGCAAGAGCAAUAAAUGCUCUUAACCACUGAGCCAUCUCAAGCCCCAGCUGGGGAGCUCUGAGCAAUACGUUUCUUUUUGCUAUCUUAGAAUACCGUUCUCUGAUAGAUUGUCUUCCUUCCAUAACUGUCACCUGAGUUAAAACAGUACUUAUGUAAAUUAUUUUGAGAAUUAUCACUAAGGGGGAGGUAGGGCUUAAAUAAGGUAAAUAUAAUUUUUAUGUAUUUUAGCCAGAAUGUCUACUGAUAUAUCCCAGUCACUGUUAUAUUCUAUACCGUAGUAACCUUUCAAAAGAAUGUUACAUUUCACCAUUAACAGUUUUUGCUGAAUGAAGGACAGUUGAGAACCAUGUUUCCUGUAAUGAUAUUUAAUAAUAUAUUAAAAGUAAAUGUCUUGAGUUUUUUCUACAAGCAACACUGCUCUCCUGACAUAAUCAUUGACAAGAACCAAUGUGUUCAGAUGGAUCCAAGCUAAAUGGUCUUUAACUGUAAUAGAAGCUUAAAGAAAAAAACAGAAACAAAAAUCAAACUCUAUCCCAUAUUGAUUUUGAGACUACCACCACCCAAACUAAAAGAAAAAAAAAAAAUGUUCAUUAUGAUUUAGCAGUCUUGACCUACACUUAUUCCGGCAUUUACCUCUGACAGUAACUGAGGAAGUUUGGUUUCCAGAGCCCUGAAUCAAAGUUCCAGGAUGUAUGGUCUUAACGUGUAAAACCCCUGCCACACACACUAUCUCCCUGAACGCCAUCAUUGUCUUUGAAAGAUGAUUCUAGAUAUGCAGUCCAGGCUGCCGGUAGGAUUUGCUUUUGCUUAACUCCCAAGUCAAAAGCUGUGGUUGUGUUAAGCACCUGAUCUCUAGCAGUAGGGACACUCACAGAAGUGGACUGAGCAGGCAAAAGGCAAAUGACACUUUCAUGUCAGAAUCUGACAGUAUGGUUCCUUUGUGCUUUGGAUUCACAAGCCCCACUUCUUUCCUGGACAGAGGAGUGGGGAGAAUAAAACCCCUUCCUUCCAUGGUAGUUUUGCUUUUCCAAGCUAAGAAUGGGCUUGGUGUUUGGCUGUCACACAAGGGGGUAGGUGCAGAAAUGUCACUGAGAAUGGUAUGAGAAGGCCACCCCCAGUCAGUGGUCACUACACUGCCAGCUGCUCAUUUCCAAGGUGCAUUUGCAGUUCACACAUUCUUUGUUUACAUUGUUGAACAUGCAAAGGAGGCCUGAGCCAGACUAAUGUGAGUUACUUCAUGAGAAACAAAGGGUUUUGAGUUUCAACUGAAAGUAUUAUAAAGAGAAAGUGUAUUCAUUUUUUUAUCUAUUUAAAGUCCAUAUGAAUGAGGAAAAUAGAUCUGAUUGGUCAUUAAAAUUGCAGACAUGACCUCCUGAGUUCAAGUACUGUAUUUGGUUUUUAAUCAAAUAACCAUGCUAUAUUUUUCAAAGUAUUUGAUACCUCUGUGUAAAAUAAUAGUUGAUAAUUUUACAUUUAUUUUGCCUUGGGUAGGAAUUCUGUCAUUCCCAAACAGGUGUCUCUUGUUCAUGCGCCAGGUCACAAACUUCUCCACGGAGGUUUCACAAGUGAAGGACAUCUGAGGCAGUAUAAUUUUAGACUGUGUUUUUGUUUCUUCAGAGUUUGGUGCUUU